AAGAAAGCCUUUCUAUUCGAAAAACUCGGAAAACUCCUCAAUAUGGACGCUGAAAAGCCCACUACAAGUGCCGCGGCCGCAGCACAGGACCCCAAUCCGCUCCUGGACUCGCCGCUGCACGGACCCACCCUGUCCAGCGCCUCCAGCUUCGAGGCCCUGACCCGCCACGACCCGAAUCUCAGUCGGCUGGCCACGAAGAUGUUCCAGAAGACGGAGGAGUACAUCACCCACGAGCUGAACGCGCCCCUGGAGGACUACAGGCUGCUGGAGGAGAUGAACAGGGCCACCAUAGCCAAGUACAAGGACAUGCGCCAGAUUGCGGAGAACCUGAACGCCUCGACCAGCGAGCUCAGCCUGAAGUUCCAGCAACUGGCCCCCCUGAUGCAGCAAAUCGACGAGAUCUCCGACACGGUGGACAAACUGGAGGCGGCGGCCUACAAACUGGACGCCUACAGCAUAGCCCUGGAAAACCGCGUAAAGUGCGUGCUCCAGAGGAAGUCCGGUGGCCAGGCGGCGCAGUGAACAAAUAGACUUUUCGGCUUGCAAAGGCUUUAUGUGGUACAUUUGUUACGGUCUAAGGCGUCAGCCAAGUAAUAGUUUAAAUAAAAUCGCAAUUAUAUUAAGGAAGA